UUCAAGCAACUCACAAUACAAGGCUUUGUAUUUGCAGCGUUUGACAUGGACACUCAAGUGUUUGAGGUUUCUAUUGCAUCAAGGCUUGGCAUUUAGAGGACACGAUGAAAGUGAAGAUUCACUAAAUAAAGGAAAUUUUCUUGAGCUCUUAAAUUGGCUUGCAGGAAAUUUUGAAGAGGUUAACAAGGUGGUUCCCAACAAUGCUCCACAGAAUUGCAGGAUGAUUCACCAUGACAUACAACACGAGCUGAUCAAAUGUUGUGCACGGGAGACUACUAAACUACUCAUUGAAGAACUUGAUGGUGGUCAGUUUGCAAUACUUGCAGAUGAAUCUAGUGAUGUGUAUCAGAAUGAGCAGUUGGCUGUUUGCUUGCGCUAUGUUGAUAAGAAAGGAAGGGCAGUUGUAAGAUUACUUGGUCUUGCUCAUGUUGAGGACACUACCUCUUUGACACUUAAAGCUGCAAUUCAAGAAAUGCUUAUGGAGUACAACUUGACAUUUGCCAUGGCCCGUGGGCAAGGAUAUGACGGAGCUAGCAACAUGAAAGGUAAUGCCAAUGGUCUAAAAAAACUAAUUAUGGAUGAGUCUCCUUCAACCUAUUAUGUGCACUGCUUUUCCCAUCAACUACAGUUAACUCUUGUAGCUGUUGCUAAGGAGAGUGGAGAUUGUACUUGGUUCUUUCAGCAGCUUGCACACUUGUUAACUGCUCUUGGCAUGUCUUGCAAAAAGAUGAGGAUGCUUCGGAUUGCUCAAGCCGAGGAACUGAUUGAUGCAUUGGAUUUGGAAGAAGUACAAACAGGGACUGGGCAAAAUCAGGAAAUGGGUUUGGGAAGGCCAUGUGAUACACGUUGGGGCUCUCACUUCAGGACAGUGAACCGUGUCCUCUCUCUAUAUGCUGCAAUAAAGAGAGUCCUAAAGAAGAUUGGAAAAGAGUACCAUGGUGCGGAGGCUCAAGCUACUCUAUCAGUGGAGACAUCAAUUUUGUCAUUUGAGUUUGUUUUCAUGGCACACUUGUUGCAAGAAAUAUUUGGAUACACAGAUGACUUGAGCAGAGCUUUGCAAACAAAAGACCAAGAUAUUGUUCAUGCUAUUCAACUACUUGACAAUACGAAGUAUCACUUGGCGGGCUUGAGGUCUGAUCCCGGAUGGGACGAUUUCCUCAUUAAGGUAACAUCUUUCUGUACAAAGCACAACAUCAAAGUUGUUGAUAUGAAGGCUCGUUACUAUCCUGUUGGUCGACCUAGAAGAGGUGAUCUCUUUAAUGGUGCAGAUAAUUACCAUCGCUUCCAUGUUGAUAUGUUUGUGAGUGUGAUUGAUAGGCAAAUUUCAGAACUAAAUGGCAGAUUUGAUGAGUAGCUACUGCCAGUGUUGAAAGGGUAUUCUCCUCCAUGAAUUAUGUGAAGAAUAAGCUAAGAAACAAGAUGGGUGAUGAUUACUUAAACAAUUGCAUGGUUAUAUUUGUUGAGAGAGAAUUAUUCAAUCAAGUGAAGGAUGAGGAUGUCAUCAAUCUCAACCAAAAGGGUGCCCGCAAAGUUAUAUUGUAAGAGGUACUUCCUCUUUCCAUUGAAAUUUGUUGUUGUACUUCGAUUUGUAUGGAUUUAAGCACUUUAGUAUUAUGUAUUGUACUGGAAUAAUUGUUAUAGUUCUACUGAAAUUACUGUCCAACUGAAAAUAUAGCCUAUAUAGGCUUUUGUUUGUG